GUCCCGCACGUAAGCGUCGCCGUCCUGUGUGUGCUCGCCACCCCGUCUCGCUCCCUCCGCUACGGCGCUACCCAGUUGGCAAACGGAAAGCAGGCGAGUUGGUUUCAGCUUUCCUUUUCUUCCACAACAUCUUGCAGCGGCGGCAACCCCCGCGCAGCGCAUCGCUUCCGACGGAAGCAAAAAAGGGGAAGCGACAGCCCCCCUCCCCCGAGCGUGUGACCCAACCGAAAGGGGGGAGAAAAGCCCUAGGACAAACCCGCGUAAAGCGGCCGGAUCCAAUGGCGGGUGCCUCGUGCUGCUAGAUCUCGCUCCGUACGGGCAAUGGCGUCGCGGCCAACGUCGCGGCAGCGGAAGGCGGGACACGCAUCGGCGGCGGCGGGGCCGAAGGGUCUGCACCACCACCAGCAGCUGCCGCCGCAGUCGGGCUCGCCGACGUCGACCGCGACCACGUCCUCGUCGCGUCUCACGCCGGAGCUCUCGCUCGACGGGCCCGCGUCCCCGCUGUUCGCCGGGUUGGACGAGGACCCGGCGCCCAAGGAGAAUGUAACCGUCACUGUCCGCUUCCGCCCGCUCAGCCCGCGGGAGAUUCGGCAGGGGGAGGAGGUCGCGUGGUAUGCGGAUGGUGACACGGUCGUUCGGAGUGAGCAGAACCCCAGCGUCGCCUAUGCUUACGAUCGAGUUUUUGCACCAACUACUACGACCCGACAUGUAUAUGAUGUUGCAGCUCAACAUGUUGUUAGUGGUGCCAUGGAGGGAGUAAAUGGUACAAUAUUUGCAUAUGGUGUUACAAGCAGUGGGAAGACACACACGAUGCAUGGAGACCAAAGAUCCCCAGGGAUUAUACCUUUGUCUGUCAAAGAUGCAUUUAGCAUUAUACAAGAGACACCAAAUCGCGAGUUUCUCCUUCGCGUAUCAUACUUGGAAAUUUAUAAUGAGGUUGUCAAUGAUCUACUAAAUCCUGCUGGUCAGAAUUUGCGAAUUAGAGAGGAUCCUCAGGGAACAUUUGUUGAAGGUAUCAAGGAGGAAGUAGUAUUAUCUCCUGCACAUGCCCUGUCUCUCAUUGCAGCUGGCGAAGAGCAUAGGCAUGUUGGGUCUACCAACUUCAAUCUAUUGAGUAGCAGAAGUCAUACCAUUUUCACAUUGACUAUAGAGAGCAGCCCUUGUGGUGAGUCUAAUGAAGGGGAAGCUGUCACUUUCUCACAGCUGAACCUCAUCGAUCUGGCAGGUUCAGAGAGCUCAAGGGCGGAAACAACUGGAGUACGGCGGAAAGAAGGAUCUUAUAUCAACAAAAGCUUGCUUACUCUUGGAACGGUGAUAUCAAAGCUGACUGAUGGAAAGGCUACACAUAUUCCAUAUCGAGAUUCAAAAUUAACACGACUACUUCAGUCAUCCCUCAGUGGUCAAGGACGUGUUUCACUGAUUUGCACAUUGACACCAGCGUCAAGUAAUUCUGAAGAGACCCAUAAUACACUAAAAUUUGCCCACCGUGCGAAGUGCAUUGAGAUCCAAGCAUCUCAAAACAAAAUUAUAGAUGAGAAAUCUCUAAUAAAGAAGUAUCAAACUGAGAUUCGGAGAUUAAAGGAAGAGCUAGAACAGCUGAAAAUGGGUAUUAUUACUGGCACACCCUUGAAAGAUACCGAGGAAGAUAAUAUUAUCCUUUGGAAGCAAAAGCUAGAGGAUGGUAACGUCAAGCUGCAGUCUCGGCUGGAACAAGAGGAGGAAGCUAAAGCUGCUUUGCUUGCAAGGAUCCAGCGUUUAACAAAACUUAUACUGGUUUCUACUAAGGCGACCCCGGCUUCUAGAUUUUCUCCACAUCCUGGACCAAGACGAAGACAUUCUUUUGGGGAAGAGGAGCUGGCAUACCUUCCGUAUAGAAGACGAGAUAUAAUGAUAGACAAUGAAAGCAAUGAAUUACUUCUUCCUGUCGAAGGGUUUGGUGUAUCACUUGAAGAUUCUUCAAAGGAAGAAAAAAAGAAUAGGAAGGGACUUCUUAACUGGUUCAAACUUCGGAAACGUGAUGGAGCUUCUAUUCUGACAAGUUCAGAAGGUGAUAAGUCCAGUUUGACUAAAUCAACCGCUCCUUCAACACCUAUUGGGGAAAGCGUCAACUUUCCUGCUGAACCAAGAAUAUCAAAUUCAUUAGCUGGUGAGAAUGUAUCAUCUGAUCUGUUUAGCAUUGGUCAUGGGGAAUUUCCUUCUGGCAGCAUUCACGGCGAAGAAACUCUUUCGGCCAGUGGAAAAACGAUGGACCAUGUUGAUUUGUUGAGAGAACAGUUGAAAAUUUUGUCAGGGGAGGUUGCGUUUAAUACAAGUGCUCUUAAGCGCCUCACAGAGGAAGCUGGAAGAAGCCCAAAGAACGAGAAGAUUCAGAUGGAAAUGAAGAAGAAGACCGAUGAAAUUAAGGGGAAGCAGCAACAGAUAGCAUCUUUGGAGAGAGAGAUAGCUCAUGCAACAUUAGGAACUCAAGGAAAGGUCGAUACGUUAGAGCAUUCACCGUCUUAUCAUGAACUACUUGAGCAGCUCAAUGAGAAAUCUUUAGAACUUGAGGUGAAGGCUGCAGAUAAUAGAGUGAUACAAGAUCAGCUGAAUGAGAAGAUAACUGAAUGCAUGGAAUUGCAUGCUGAAGUUACUCAUCUCAAAGAACAGCUGUCCCAAGCUCUUGAAGCUAAGGAUUUGGUGUCAAAUAGCAUGAUACAUAAUAAUAGAGUUAACCAUGAAGUUGAACACCUUGUUGAUCAAGAUGUUCCAAGAGAGAUCUCUUCUGAACCACAGCAAAAACAGCAGCUAACUUUUCCAUCUUAUUGGCACUAUGGUCUUCAGUCCGUUGAAAUCAAUGAGCUGAAGCAAAAGGUGUCUGAACUCAUGGAAAUCAAAGCUCAACUUGAGGAUCGCAAUCAAAAGCUACUGGAGGAAAGUACAUAUGCAAAAGGAUUGGCUUCAGCUGCUGGUGUCGAAUUGAAGGCAUUGUCAGAAGAAGUGACCAAACUGAUGAACCAAAAUGAGAAGCUUGCGACCGAGUUGUCAUCGCUGAGAAGUCCAACUCCAGCUCCACGCAGAUUCAACAAUGGACCAAGAGGUACUAGGAGGGAAAGCAUGAGUAGGCGAGAACCAGCUAGCAGACGAGACACGAAUGCAAGCCAUGAAAGGGAAAAGGCUCUAGAGGCAUUGCUUAUGGAGAAGGAGCAAAAGGAAGCAGAGCUCCAAAGGAAAGUCGAGGAGUCAAAGCAGAAGGAAGCCUUCCUGGAAAGUGAGCUUGCCAACAUGUGGGUUCUAGUAGCAAAACUGAAGAAGUCCCAGGGUUAUGACCAUGAGGAUCUGGAGGCCAAACAUGAUGGCUCGUGACCUCUUCAGUUUAGAUAUCUAUCGGCUUGGCUUGCGUGUGGGUUUUCUGUAUGUAAGGUUUUGGUAUUCGUUUUUUCUCUUAGCAUGAAUUAGUGUCUCAUUCUGUAUAUUCUCCGCGUGUUAAAUAUGCCAGUAGUGCCUUGCCUGACUGUGCCUAGAGCUUUCGAUGGAUGCUAGAGCGGCAUUUUGGGUUCUUCAGGCACAUAAUCUGGAUUUGAAGAAACAGUGAGCAAGUGUUUGGAAAUCUGACGGGUUUCUGAUGCCCACUCAAAUAUCUAACAUGUAUUAGCCUGCCCAUCCUGCUCAGGAUAACAAAUGUGAAUAUGCCCUGAAGUGUGAGCUACAUUGUAUUAGAACACUUUCGUUUUCAACAUCUUCAAUACUGCUUAUUGUAUGCC